AUGCCUGCCUUCCAGGCCAUCAACCUCGAGCCGGAGGAGAAUAUUGACGAGCAGAUUGACACCACGAAAGAGCUCCACGUAGAUGAAGCGCUGAAGCUCUUCCAAAAGGCCCUUCGACUUCAUGCGCAAGGGCCAGCGCAUCGCACCGAAGCGGCGGAGGCCUAUGAGGAACUAUUCAAGUGCGAGAUAUUCAAAUACCGCGAAGCGAGAACCGACUACGAGCGAGCUGAACGACAAAUCGACGGAAAGCCUGAUACUGUGGCACUCGAAGCCUUCUCCGCUGGCCUGGAUGUUGAUGCUGGUGGCGCCGACGGCGUCGCCGCAAGCCUAGCACAAGCGCUGUACAUUUCGUACAAAAACUAUGGCCAAUUCUUCCUAGAUAAGCUGAAAGACUCCUUUGAUCCGUCAAAGGGUGUGAAGAAGCUACCGUACGACGAUGCCGCAUACAAAAUCCUCGAUAACUGGGUCAAAGCUCUCGACCAGGACCCUUCAGACCCAGAGCUUUGGCGCAAAACGUCACGAUUUGCGGCGUCUAUCAAUAGCAGCCGUCUCAAGAGAUUCUGCUUAGAGGCAGCCAUCGAGCUCGAUGAUGACCCGACGAUAGAAGAAGUUGAGCCGCCAUCCUUGGCAGAGGGCUGGGCCGGCGAGCAGCUGAAAAAUCACUUGAACGUGCUCAACGAUGAAAUGGCCUUGACACAUCCGAGCAUGACGCCAUGGGUUGAUCGUGAAAUGCCAGAUAUACUGAAAGCCCGUCUCGAUCCAAUCACAUUUUUGCCUGACCCUACAGCACAGCUUACUCCUCCACCGUCAAGCCCACCACAAGAAGCCGAGGUGGCUGAGGAUGUGUCCAUGGCUGAUGGAGAAGAUCAAGAGCCCAUAUCUUCAUGGACCCAACUUGCCGAGUCACUCAUAAAAAGCCUGGAUAAUGUCAAUGCCGCAGUUAUAACCUGCCGACAUAUUGUGUCGACACCAGACGGAGAAGUGAAUGAUGCACCAAAUGAAAUUGCACCAUCGACUGAGCAAGAGGUCGUCGAAGAGCCGGAAAAGGUCGACGAGAUAUCAGCAGAGAAAGAGGCUGACGAGAAAACAAAGGGCAGCGCUGAUAGGUCAGAGAGUCCGACAAAGCCAACUGAGCCCUCGCAGAAAGAGCGCAGCGCGUCAAUACCGAACCGAAAAAGAUCACAGUCUAUGGCAGGUCUAGCAGAAGGUACUGAAGAGGAGAUUGGCACCUCGACGCGAAGUAAGCGAGUUCGUCGUCGAACUGACAUGACAAGUAUCGAGGAGCCCGCAAAUCCCACAGUCACAGUCGCCGCGCAGCUGCGGGCUUAUCAGGAGUCGGACCAAAACCUCUUUCAAGUGACCAAGAACAUACUCGAAAGCAUCGGAGUCGAGGACAAGACAACUUUUGAUGUCCUCAGCCAGAUUCAGGAAAUCUCCUGCAGCGACAUUCGACCAGCCAAAUUCUCAAAUGUUGCAGCCCAAGACUUGCACGUCACGUUCGAAAAGUUUAGCGACACCACGGCGAAUGUCUUGCUUAACAAGAAGACCCAACCCUCGCUCAGCCUAUCGUCAUUCCUCGAGAAUGCCAAGUCUAGCCAGCAGGACCAGACUCCAGCAGCAAUGUUUGACGAAAAGAAAGGAUUACAACAAUUCGCCGACUUUGUUUCUGCGCGCCAGGAUUGGAUUACCACAGCAGAUGUUGUCUAUCAGUGGCUUCUUGAGCUUAGCAAAAGCUACGCCGAGCAGCAGUGGCCAGCAACGCUCAAGACAGCGGUGCUCGACAUGCUGGACACAGCCGAUUUUAUCAUUUACGAGCGUGUCACCUCAGACUUGCAGCUUGCUAUUCAAACAAAGGACAAAAAGGCGUUGUUGGCAUUAUCAAAUGUCAUUCCCAUGCUUUACGAGCUGCAUAUCGAUGUCUACGAGCGCUACACCAGCCCUACGAGCGUAGUGGACCCCAUCACUCGGGUGAAAACGAAAGACAGACUCGGCCGCUGGCUGAACGUUGCAUCGUACUAUGCUCGCUCCUUGGGCCGUCCAGCUAGCGAUCCGCUCUGCGUCCGCUUUCUUUGGGCUUCGGUAAUGGCGUCGGCAUUAGCAGACGACCCUGUUCGCGAGCAUAUCCUUGCCAUGUGGACGUCCCUGCGAGAAUUUCUCGCCCAAGAAAAGGUUGAGCCCAUGAUUCUCCCAAACAACGCUGCCAUGUCGAGUAUUUCAGCGGCUGCCGCUGAUCGAGAAAUCUCAAAGCUCAACACAAUGGACUUCUUCCUCAACCUAUUCCAGGAGAACAUGACGGACCCAUUGCCAGUCAUUGAUAUUCUUGAGCCUGUACUGAAUCCGUCGUCUGUUCAUACUGCUCCUGAAAAAGGGCCCGAGCUAGCUCAGGACGAAGAGGAGACUGAGAAAGCUGAUGACGCGACGAAGCCGAUAUCCGAAUGCGCUACGCAAGGAAUGCAAGACUUGUGGAAGUUUCUGGAGAAUAGCAGCAUUGAGUUGCGACUUUUCCUGUGGUCCCGCCUUGGCGAUGCAUAUGAAGCCAUUAGCUAUACGACCAAGAGAUUCUCGUGCUUGUUAAAGAGCAUCGAGAUGAUUGUCGAUGACUUUAGCAGCGACGGGUACAUCAACAUGCAGGAAGAUUCCCGACGGAUGCUUCUGAUGAAAACGAUGAAGUCCCUGGACGAACUCCUUGUCGAUGCCUUGGUCAUGGCCCUCAGCGACAAAAGCGCUUUCGACAUUAUUGACGACGGCCACAUUAAGCAGAGCGCCGCUGCACUGGCUCGUCUCAGCACGGUUCUGCAUUCAAUAUCAUUAUUUGAGGACGAGGUUAGGGUGGGUCUUAUCAAUGCUAAAUCAAGCAACUUGUUCCAGUCGCUUUUGAGCAAGCUUCGCGAGAUGCAGGUUCGUAACUGGUGUUUGCUGUACACCUUGAUCAAGCAAGACAUCUUUUCGAACAAGGAAAUCCUGAAACCAGAAAACGAACUGGCAACAUUACUUGCUGCAGUCCAUCUCUCUAUUGGUCAUCGCAAAUUCUGCAAGGUGUCAAACAAGGUGUUCCUGAAUCUCAUGCGAGUGGAGCUCCUCAGCUUGAAGGAUGUCGAGAAUUGGGAGGACCACCUUGGCCAAGUCUUGUACGACAUUUACGGCCUCAAGAUUGGCGUUGGUAUCUGGGAGCUGCAGGAUCACGGUUGUCCCUAUGAGAAGCUGGAGAAGCGACAGACGAUGCAGCUUGCAGACAAAAUCAUGACCCUGGCCAGUCGGUUCUCGCUCAAGGACUUACUCAAGUCUGACCUAAAGACAACCAUCGACCACAUGCAGUCCACUAUCGGCCAAACCAAAUCGACGCCGCAAAUGAUUCAUAACCUACGAAAUUUCACAGAAGUGCUGAAGAAACCCAUUCACCCGUUGCGCCUGUAUCGUGCAUUGGCGGGCAGCGUCGCUAUGGACUCGGUGACCGUCAAUAUCCCGGAAGCAGCAUUGGCAAAUGGCGGGUGGUUCUUCCUGCUAGGCAUGAUUGCUCUGACAAAGUUCAAGGGUGUGGAGCUCAAUCGUCGGCAGACACCCGGAGCCACCGACGACCUCCGAAUUGGCGCAACUUUCCUGCGCUUGCAGCUCCAGUUCACGGCCGAUAAAUGGGAUGCAUGGUUUCGCCUCGCAGAAUGCUUCGACUAUGAACUGGACGAAUCGGUUCUAUGGACAGCAGAUAAGAUCAACAAGGACAGAGCUGAUCUGGUCAAACUCCAACGGAAUGCAAUCCACUGCUACACCCUGGCACUGUCGCAUUCCCACAAUCGCGAGGCGGAUACCAAAGACGGCGAUGCACUUCACGACUUGUACUAUAAAUUUGCGACACGAAUGUAUUCUUCAAGCAGAGAACCCUUUGCCAUGGAGCCAUUUCAGCACGCAGAACAGGAGCGAUUCUUUAUCGAAGACAUGGGCGCCGGUACAUUCAAGAAGAUUGUGCACGACCAGAUGACCAAGCACCAGGUGUGGAAGUUUGCAGCAAAACUUUACAAGAUGGCCAUUGAGCGGAAGCCCGGCAAUUGGAAGAACCACUACAUGCUGGCGAAAUGCUACUGGAAGCUGUUCCGGAAUCCCGAGGAAUUCAUCGAGGGUCAGGCAUCCAAGACCAAAAUCACAACCGACAUGAUUAUCGAUGCACUCAAGCAUUCCACUGCAGCUGCCUUUAAGCCGCGCAAGUCAAAGAGCAGCGAUCCCAUCUUGGAGCCUCACUAUAAAAUUGUCUCUAUCCUACACAAGAUGGUAAUGGCCAAAGACAUCACGGCUGCCAAGGCGGCCGAGAUUCUCUCCGCACAGCCAUUUGGCGUCGCAGUCAAUCCCAACGACCACUUUGCUGGCUUUUCGGAGCCCGAAGACUGGGAAGAAUACAUUAUUCGCAACUUGACAAAGCUUCGAGACAAGGACAAGUCCAACUGGCACCACAGGAUCGUCAUGCGCCAUGCCAAGAUUCUGUUCAACGAGACCACUCCCAAGGACAGCCCCGAUGCACUCGUGGAGGCCAAGGCAGCUUUCAGUAUUCUAAGAGACAAUAUGUUUACCAAGACCAUGGUGAUGAAUGUCUGGAAGUGCGAUGCCGAACGCCCGGGCCGCCACCAUGUGUUUACAGAACAGUACACUCGAUUCAUGGUCAGGCUACUGGUCAUUAUGGGCAACCGCGUCGAUCUCGAGCUGUUGCUUCGCCGUCUCCGAAAGAAGAGUGCCGAUUUUUACCACUUCAACGAUCUAUGGUACUCAUGCUCUGUGGCAUAUGUCUCUCUCAUUCGCGAGGCUCACAGCAUCCCCAUUGUCAGUGAAGACGUUUUCAAGGCACUCUCGAUGGAAGAGUUUGAAAUUUUUAGUGAACGCAUCACUGCGUGGGCUGGAGGCGAGGGUCCCCAUAUCCCAGCCUUUGAGUGUAUGAAGGAAGCGGUUGAACUCAAGAAGCUUAACGGAAAUCUCAUGAAAGCCGCCCCUAUGGACGAUAUCAUCAACGACUGCUACUCUAAAAUUUAUACCGAUGUCGCAACCAGCCUGCCUGGUCCUGAGCCAAGCAAGGUCAUCGAGGAGCGUAAUCAAGCCAAGGAAAUUACCGACCGCUUGGAAGCAGCCAAGGAAGCGGAAAAGCCCUCCGCAGUUGAUGGCAACAAGGAAGACGCUGUUGGAGCAAAGACCAAUGGCGAGAACCCGACAGACGAAAGAACAACCACAGAGAAGCCCUUGGGUCUUCUCGGCAGUCUACUGAACCCCGCCAUGGAAAUUGACAGUCGUGCUGGAACGGCCACGCCGAUGGAUGCAGAAAAGUCGGAAGCUGCGCCUCGCAGAAAGACUGGUGUUAGACGACCGGACAUCCUUCGCAAGGCUGAGCAGGCCGUGGUCCGCGCUCUGGAGCCGCCCAAGUCUACCGCGAAGAGUCGCAAGAGCAGUGUCUCUAGCGCCAAGAGAGGAAGCCAUACACCGAACGUUGCUAUGAGCGACGACGAUAGUGAGGACGACAGCCCCGAAGCACAGAUGCGCCGCGAGGCUCGCGAGAUGCACGAGACUGGACCUACGGUUGACAUGCUAGGCCUUCUGGACUCGGGCGAUGAUAGUGAUCUGAGCGAUGCGCCUGAAGGAUACGAUGAGGAGGUAUCCGAGGGUCUGCUGAAUCUUGGCCGUCACGGUGGCACUAGUGGCGACGACGCCGACAGCGAAGAUGAAGGCGAGGGUUAUCCUACAAUGGCUAUUGCCCCUGUUGGGCAUGACGCGGAAAUUGUCGACGUUCCGCGAGAGCACGAAUUUGAGGAUGACCACUUUGAUGACGAACCCCUUGAAGACGAAACCAUUGAGGAUGAGAUUCAUGCUGCCGGAGUCGUGGAGGAUGGCGAGGAGGCUGAUCUUGAGGAUGAAGAGGGAGAAGAAGAAUUAGAGGGCGAGGAAGGUGAGGAACUAGAAGGGGAAGAACAGCAAGAAGAAGAAGGCGAGGAAGGAGAAGAAAUUGAAGGUGAGGAAGAGGAGGGCGACGAGGAAGAGGGUGAAGAUGAAGAGGAGGUCGAAGAAGAGGAGGGCGAAGGCGAAGAGGGAGAAGGAGAGGAAGGUGAAGAAGAGGAAGGCGAAGAUGAAGAGGGUGAAGAUGAAGAGGGCGACGAGGGCGACGAGGGCGACGAGGGCGAAGAAGGAGAAGAAGGAGAAGAUGGAGAAGAAGAAGAGGAAGAAGAGGGCGAGGAAGGUGAAGAGGGUGAGGAAGAAGAAGAUGGCGAGGAAGAAGAAGAUGGGGAGGAAGAUGAAGAAGAAGGCGAAGAAGGCGAAGAAGAAGAGGACCAGGACGAAGACGAAGAAAUGGAAGAUGCAGAGGAGGACGACCCAGACCGAUGA